AUGGCUUUCUUCCCCCGCAACUUCUACAACUCCGACGCCUCCUUCACCCCUCUUUUCCGCCUCUUGGAGGACUUUGACAACUACUCCCGCCAGGGCAAUGGCACCCCCGCUAAUGGCGCCCGCGGCCCCCAUCGCAACCACGUUCCGACCUUCCAGCCAAAGUUUGACGUCCGCGAGGUCGAGGACGCCUAUGAGCUGCAUGGCGAGCUCCCCGGUAUGAGCAAAAAGGACGUCUCUAUCGAGUUUACCGACCCCCACACCUUGCACAUCCGCGGCCGCGUCGAGAGAGCCUACACUGCCGGCACCCCGCCCGCGGGCCUCCUCCAGCAGCCCUCCUCUGAUGCUGAGAUGAGCGGCGCCAUUACGGACGGCAGCAGCCACAACGAGACCACCACGGAGCGCCCUCGCUCGCCUCACCAGGCUACCGUCGAGGAUGAGGGUGACGACGAGACUAACUCCACCGCGCACCCUACUCCGGCUACGACCGUCGCUGAAGUCGACAAGUCUGCUGCUGCUGCUGCGGCCGCACACACCGCGAAGAAGGAGCUGAUCGACAACGCCAAGUACUGGGUCUCGGAGCGCAGCAUCGGCGAGUUCAGCCGGUCUUUCAAUUUCCCCGGCCAGAUCAAGCAGGAUGCCGUCUCGGCGAGCUUCAAGGAUGGUAUCCUCUCGAUCCGUGUGCCCAAGGCUCCCAAGCACGAGACCCGCCGCAUCUUCAUCAACUAA